AUGACGAGCACCGCCACGUUGACGAGCACGACCGAGACUAGCACCACGACGUUGACGAGAACGACGGAGCCGAACAGCAGCACGACAGAGUCCAGCAGCACGGCAGUGAACAGUACGCCGCAGAGCAGCACUACAGAGUCGAGCAGCGCGAUUGUGACCAGCAGCACAGCACUGAGCAGUACGACGCUGAGCAGAACUACAGAGCCGAGCAGCGCGAUUGUGACCAGCUUGUCGAUGACGAGCCCCACGACGUUGACGAGCACGACCGAGACUAGCACCACGAUGUCAGCCAGCACGACGGAGUCGAGCAACAGCACGACAGGGUCGAGCAGCGCGACUGAGAGCAGUACGACGCAGAGCAGCAUUACAAAGUCGAGCAGCGCGACUGUGACCAGCAGAACAGCAGUGAGCAGUACGACGCAGGGCAGCACUACAGGGUCGAGCAGCGCGACCGUGACCAGCCUGUCGAUGACGAGCACCGCGACGUUGACGAGCACGACACAGACCAGCGCCGCGACGUCAGCCAGCACGACGGACACCGCGACGUUGACGAGCACGACACAGACCAGCACCGCGACGUCAGCCAGCACGACGGAGUCGAGCAGCACCACUGUGACUGGCACCACCAGCCUCACAAGCUCGACAUAUUCAGAUAGUAUUUCGCUGAGCAGCAGGGACAAGGUGAGCAGUACAACAGUGAGCAGUACGACGCAGAGCAGCCCUACAGCCACGAGCAGCGCGACUGUGACCAGCAUGUCGAUGUUGAGCAGCACGACGUUGACGAGCACGACAGGGACCAGCACCACGGCGGUGACUAGCACGACGGACUCGAGCAGCGCGACUUGGACUGGCACCACCAGCACCACAAGUUCGGGAUAUUUAAGCAGUACUUCUCUUAGCACUACUGAGCCAAUCAGCCCGAUGGUGAGCAGUACGAGGCUUACCAGCACUGAAACGGCCAGCAGCACAAGAUCGACAGCACUACAGAUUCGAGCAGCGCGACUGGGACCAGCAUGUCCAGGCUGA